AUGACAGCAGCGGCCACCCAAAAGAAACGCCCAGUUAAGGGCACUAAGGAGCCGGUUCGGCUUUAUGUUCGAGGCAUUGUCCUCGGUUAUCAGAGGUCCAAGGUGAAUCAGACUCCGUCUCGCUCUCUUUUGCAAUUGGAGAAUGUGAAGACCAGACAGGACACUGCUUUCUACCUAGGCAAGCGCGUGGCAUAUGUGUACAAGGCAAAGACAGAGAAGAAGGGGACAAAGUUCAGGACGAUUUGGGGAAAGAUCUGCCGCCCUCAUGGCAACAGCGGCGUCGUGCGCGCCCGCUUUAGGAAGAAUUUGCCCCCGAAGUCAUUUGGAGGUCGCGUGCGUGUCUUUUUGUAUCCUUCCAACAUCUAA